AUGGGAAAUUGUCUUGAUUCUUCCUCAACUGUUCAGCCUGCGAAUAAUGAUCCUCCAAAAAAACCAAACCUAUUGCUACUAGAAGAGCCAAAACGCUCAUAUUUAGAAGAAAACAAGUCCAUCAUAUCCAAUGGAGAAAAUACCCCACGAUCUCAAAUACGUAGAAAAGGGUUUGAAAUUCGUCGAAAACAGCAAACAAUAGUCACUUUUGAUGCCCCGACAGCUGUAAUUACUGAUAAACCAAAAACCCCAAAAGAUAUCAAGCUAAUACUUGACUCAUUGUCAAAACAUUUCGUAUUCAAUGGGCUGAGAAGAGAUUUUAGUUAUUCUGUUAUACAAGAAAUGAAGCAUUUUCAGCUAGGCCAAUCAGAAACUAUGCUUAAUUACAGCGAAUAUAAGCUUUCCUAUUGGUUGCCGUUAUUCUAUUUUCAAAUAGUAAAUAGAUAAUUAGUAGAAAUGCUUUUAUUCAUUAUAAUUAGGCACAUUUUCGAGCAAAAUCAGCCUGGGCAUAAUUUUUUUGUAAUUGCAAGCGGAGAGGUAGAGUUAUUGAUCAAUGGGAAUUUAAUAAAUACAUUAGGUGCUGGGGACAGCUUUGGGGAUAUUGCGCUACUUCAUGAUUCUUUGAGAACGGCAUCAACAAGAACUUCUAAGCCUACCUGCAUGUGAGGAAUUGACCGAAAAACAUUCAGAAAAUCAUUGGAGACCUUAAAUAAAUCGUAUUACAUUGAAAAUAAAUCUUUCCUACAGAGCAUCCCGAUAUUCCAUAUCCUAACCCAAAAACAAAAAGAUGCUUUGGCAGCAGCUUUUUCAAGGUUUGAGUAUGCAGAAGGAGACCAUAUUGUGAAUGAAGGGGACCCAGGAGAACUAUUAUAUAUAAUUAAAGAAGGGUCAGUCACUUGCUAUAUUCAAGAGCAGCCUGUAAGAAGACUGGAAAAAGGAGAGUAUUUUGGAGAGCAAGCUUUGCUUUACUCAUCGCCGAGAACUGCUACUGUGAUAGCUAAUAGUAGUGUAAAGUGUAUUGCUAUUGGGUGCAAAAAACUAAAUAAAGUUCUUGGAAACAACCUUAGGCAGGUGAUUUAUAGUAACUCUUUGAAAAUUGCUUUUGACCAAAGUGAAUUUUUACAGAAACUUUCUCAAGAAAAUAUGAAAAGUCUGAUUAGCGGAAUGGAGAUUAAAUCUUAUACACAAGGAGAUAUAAUCGUUGCUGCAGGUGCACCAAAAAAUUCUUUCCUAAUUCUGAUAUUAAAAGGCAAAGUAUCUGCAAAUAAUUUUAGUAUUGAAAAAUUUGGCUGCUUAGGUGAUGAAGCUGUUGCAAAUGAAAUUACAGAUACUUAUGAAGAAAAUAUUAUUGCAGAAGAAGAUACUGACAUUGCUGUCAUUUCAGGUACUCGAUUUUGUGAAUGCAUCGGCGGAAAGUUUGUAAAGGCUACUUCAAAUAAUAAAAUUUUGGCUGUAAUAAAAAAAAUCCAACUCUUUCGAGAACUGGGAAGAGACAAACUUAAUGAAAUAAUAGAAAAGCUUGCCAUUGAAGAAUUUAAUGACGAACAACUCAUUGUAGAGCAAGGGACAAUUGGUGAUUCUUUUUUUAUCAUAAAAUCCGGCACAGUCGAAGUCUGAAUCGAUCGUCAAAUGGUCCGAUCUAUCACAAAGCUCGACUACUUUGGCGAGCGAUCAUUGCUUUUUAAUGAGCCUAGAACAGCUACUGUAAAAGCAAAAGGAAGUGUUGCAUGCUGGGUAUUAAAGAAAAGCGAUUUUGCUUCAAUAAUUGAUGAAGGAAUAAGAUCAAUUUUGCAUAAACGAAUUCAGCUUCAAGACAGCAAUGUCGAACUCUCUGACCUUUUGCCUGUAAAACUAAUUGGAAAAGGAAUGUAUGGCAAUGUCUUUCUCACAGUCCACAAAGCCACCAAUGCUCUUUAUGCUCUGAAAACAGUAAGCAGAGAGAAGAUAAAUAAGUAUCAUCUUCAAGACAGCAUUUUAUUAGAGCGAAAUAUUAUGAUGACAGUUGACCACACCUUUAUAUUAAAACUAAUCCGAACUUUUAAAGAUCAAAACAGAAUAUAUUUUUUAUUACUUCCCCAUCUGUGAACGAACAAAACUAUUGGAAAAAUCCUAAUUUUUUAACUCCCCCCCCCCCCCUCCGUGAGCGAACAAAAAAUUUUUGUUCGCUCACGGAGGGGGGUUAAUUUUUAUUUUUUAAAAAAAAUUAUAUAUAAAUUUUUAAUUGUAAAAUAAUAUUUUUUUAUAAGUUGAAAAUUAUUUUUUAAAAAUAUUAUGGGGGGGAGAGUAAGGGAAUUUCCCAAAAAAAAAAAAUAAUACCAUUUGAUUAAAGGUAAAACACAGCUUAAUUUUUCAAUAAUUUAAUAAUCAAUAAACCUAUUAGUAAUAAAUAUAUGCAUUCAGUUAAAAAUAUUUUAUAUAUUUUCUUAUUUAAUAUAAUAAGCAAAUUCUCUAUAAAUCAUAAUAAAAAUGUACAAAGGGAAAAGAAAGUACAUUGAAAUUUGGCAGAAAGUUGAAAUUGCUGAAUUUUACAUUCAACACCAAAAUGAGAUGAGCAUGAGAGAUGUUGCUGCAAAGUUUCAUGUCAACUCCUUUAGCUCGAUUUCCGAAUGGGUGAAUAAGCUUGAUGAGUUGAAGAAAUCAGUAAAAUCUGAUAAAAAAUUAAAAUUAGAAAGCUUCACUCAAUUUCCAGAGCUAGAGAAAGAACUAGUUCAUUGGUUUACUGCAAUCCGUGAGCAAGGUAUUCAGGUUCUCAGAUCAACGAUUGAGGAGAAAGCAAAAAGUUUGGCGGCAGAAAUGGGAUUGGCGCGAUUCGGCUGUGGAGAUAAAUGGUGGCAAGGAUUUAGGACCAGAAAUAAUUUAUCUUUCAGAAAAAUCAAUGCCUCAAGCAUUAAGCCAAUCGAAAAAGAGGCAGAACUUGUCAGGCAAUACCUAGAUGAUUUAGCGUCAUUGCUUCCUCAAUUCGUUCCAUCUAACAUUUACAAUUUCGAUGAAACGAGAUUUGAUUGAGAUGUAAAAAGCAAGUUCACUUAUGAUUUCAAGGGAACUCAACGAAUUCUAGGCGUUCAAUCAGCUAAAAUGAACCAUUUUAUCACUGUUAUGCUUAUGAUUAGAGCUGAUGGAGAAAAAAAUGCCUGCUUUGCUCAUUUUUCAAAGAGAAAAAUGGCCAGAUCCCGAACCUUGUAAGAGAAAGACUGAAUAUUCCAGAAAAUGUCAUCAUAAAAUCAAAUAAAUCUGGCUACAUUUCUGACCAGAUUCUUAAUGACUACCUCAGAACAAUAUUGAGACGAGAAAACCAACUGCUGAUUUAUGAUCAGGCUGGAAGUCAUAAAACUAUCAUGAUUUCUAAUGCAAUUUCAGAUUUAGAUGCAACCAAAAUUGUGAUCCCUGGAGGGUGCACAAAGUAUUUGCAACCACUUGACGCACUGGUAAUUGCAAAUUUCAAAUCAAAAACAACAGAUUUCAGAAUCAAAUUCCAAACAGAGCAGAUUGAAAGAAGAUCGAAAAGAACUGGAAACCUCAAAGCUCUUGAUCGCCAGCAACUGAUAAACAUUGCUUCAAAGGCGUGAGAUGCUGUAAGCCCUCAACUUGUCAGAAAAUCAUUUGAGUUGACGGGUUCUUAUGGCGUUAAUCAUCCAAAGAUUUUCAGCCAUCAAGUUAAUAUGAAGAAGUUAAUUAUCUAAUCGAUUUCUUCUAUUCAUUUUUUUGUCUUAAAUUUAAAAUUGUUAAAUUCAACCUUUUCACUUAUGGUAUUCUUUUUUUUAACCCUUUGAAUAAUAUAUCAAACAAACUUAAUAAUUAUUUUUCAAUAUUAUCCUCUUUAUUUGUAUUAAAUAUAGAUAUAAUAAACUAUAUAUAAAAUUAUAUGUAAAAAAAUUUUUUGUUCGCUCACGGAGGGUGGGUUUUUGACCAAAAAAUAGGGAUUUUUCUAAUGGUUUUGUUCGCUCACGGAGGGGGGGGGGGAGUAAGCAAAACCCCAUCCUAUGUGAGUUAAGAAAAAUAUUUUAAUAUAAAAGUGAUAAUUAAUAUAAUGAUAUUUUAGCCAAUUCUAUUAAAUUUUAAACAGAUUACAUUUAAAAACAUAAAUUUUACAAAUUAAAUUAAUUUUUACUUCCCAUUUUUUUUUAAAUUUCUAAAAAGAAUUACUAUAAUAUUUAUAUAUAAAUUUUCUCAAUAAUUAUCACUUCAUGAGAAAACAAAAUUUUUUGUUCGCUCACAAAAUAGUGGGGGAGUUAGAAUACGUAAAAGGGCUUGACUUGUUCGACGUCUUGAGGGAAAUGGGGCUUGUGUCUGAUUAUGAUGCGAAGUUUUUCACUGCCAGUCUUGUCAUCAUUCUUGAGCAUCUGCACGAAAGGGAAAUAAUAUAUAGAGAUCUUAAGCCAGAAAAUAUUAUGGUUGAUGAUGAAGGAUAUCUCAAAUUAAUUGAUUUUGGGACUGCCAAAAUUUUUUCCGGGAGGACUUAUACAGUUGUCGGGACACCGCAUUAUAUGGCGCCAGAAAUAAUCACUGGGAAAGGAUAUGAAAUUACAGCUGAUUAUUGGAGCUUGGGUAUCAUACUGUUUGAAUUUUUAUGUGGGAACGUUCCUUUUGGAGAGAAUGAAGAAGAUCCUUAUUUGAUUUAUGAGUGUAUUUUGGCAAGGAAAAUUGUUUAUCCUCCUUGAAUCCAAAAAAAUCUUCCAGCCAAGCCAUUAAUAGAACAGCUUUUAAGCAAAAAUCCAUCAUCGAGGGUAAAAGGUGGAAUUGAGAAUUUAAAAACCCACUGCUGGUUAGAAAAUGUGGAAUGGGAUAAGCUUUUAAUGAGACAAUUAAAAGCCCCAUACAAGGCUAAACUUCCAAAUCUCACUAAAGAAAUUCAAUUAGCUUCAAAGUCAACUAUGAGUCUUCAAGAAACAAUCAGAAGAAUAGAAGGAGAAGGCAUGCUCCUCAAUGGCAAGAAACGAAUCUUAUCUUAUCUUAAUUAUUUAUAACGUUUUACGUCUACUAUGGGGUAGCCAACUCCAGAGCUGCCACCAUAUUUAUCCACGUGUCGGGCCCAUGGACCUCUGAAUCGACCCACUUCGAUUCGUCAAGGCACGGGUAAGUACGGCGUUCCGGCUUCGACGGGCUUCGCUGCCGCCACAGCUUUAUUCCGACUCAGCUCCUGCGCGUGUUCCGCCUAAGGGUCCACCUCCUUCGGGUGUGCUGAGGGAUAAAGACCUGAGCCUCUUGAUCGCACUGAGGAGCAGUUCCUUUGGUUAUCCCCAAAGUUAAACCGCUGUUGCUGUGCAGAAGUUCUCGAGGUAAAACCCGACCCUAUAAAUAAAAUUGCUUGAGAGAGAGAAAAUUAGUGGAGCUAAUUUCACUUGAAGCGAAAGCCAUUUUAUUUAUGGCAAGAAACGAAUCAGUCUAAAACCUGGCUCAGAUCAUUGGGACAGCGAGUUUUAA